AGGAGAUGCCAUCCAAAUUACCUACAAAAACAGUGAGCAGAGAUUAUUUUUGGAUUGCUACAAAACGGGAGACCUUACUUUGCUGCUACAACAUUCCUUCAUUCUUCCAAGAGAGAAAUAUGCGGCAACAGCAGUGGUUUUCUCAAUAACAGAUAUACCUAGAUUUCCAUAGCCAAACAGAACAGAGAAAAAUCUUUCUUAGACUGGCUCCAGAAGACUCAGAUUCUAUUUGACUACCACAUUUUUAGGAUUCACGAUGAAUAAGACAAGGGCUGUUAACGAUGGCUUUCCUUUCCUGAACAGUAAGAACUGGAGCUCAAACCGAAGCUUCCCCAUGCAUAUUUCUAAUCAGUGUAGGAACAUCACUGACCUUACUGUCUUUCUGGCCACCUCUUACAGCUUGGAGACUGUCCUAGGUAUUGUGGGAAACAUCUGUUUGGUUGCUGUCAUUGCCAGGCAGAAGGAAAAGGCCAACGUCACCAACAUCCUAAUUUCCAACUUAAUUAUUUCAGACUUGUUUAUGUGUCUUGUCUGUCUGCCUUUCACUGUUGUUUACACCAUGAUGGACUACUGGAUAUUUGGAGAAGUCAUGUGCAAAAUGACCUCUUUCACUCAGUGUACAUCUGUGACAGUAUCAAUUCUCUCUCUUGUUCUUAUUGCUCUGGAAAGACACCAGCUCAUCAUAAACCCGACUGGUUGGAGGCCAAGCAUCUCCCAAGCCUAUCUAGGAAUUGGAGUAAUUUGGACUUUAGCAUGUCUCAUGUCCCUACCUUUUUUGACCACAUCCAUCUUGUCUAAUGAUUUGUAUAAGCAGCUCUCACACAUCAUGAAUUUUUCUACUGACAAGGCCAUAUGCAUUGACUCGUGGCCUUCUGAGCAACACAGACUAAUCUACACCACCACUUUACUGCUUUUGCAAUAUUGCAUCCCACUUUUCUUCAUUAUACUUUGCUACCUGCGUAUCUACUUACGUCUGCAGAAGAGAAAGGACAUGUUUGAGAAGAGUGAAUACAGCAACCGAGCAGUUCAGCUGAGAAGGAUAAAUAUAUUGUUAGCAUCCAUGGUUGCUGCUUUUGCUCUUUGCUGGCUACCACUGCAUGUUUUCAACACCAUUGUGGACUGGAAUUACAAAAUCAUUUUGCCUUGCUACCACAAUCUGAUCUUCUCAUUGUGCCACCUGGUAGCUAUGGCUUCCACCUGUGUCAACCCUGUUAUUUAUGGCUUCCUAAACAGCAACUUCAAAAAAGAAGUGAAGUCACUGAUUCUAAGCUGCCAGCAUAAUUCAGUAACUGCAUCAGUGGAAGAAUAUGACCAUUUGCCUUUAUCUACCAUGCAGACUGAAAUCUCCAAGGGCUCACUGAUGUUGAACUGCAGACAUAAUUCUAUCUAGCAAGCAGAAAAUAUUGCAGACGGGUAUACUGAUACCACACAAAAAUUAUUACCUGUAGGCAUAAAAAGCAACUGGUGAUGCCAUAGCUGAGUUGUGAACAGGAACCCAUUACUGCCUGAGUUUUGGAAGAACAGGCAAAGGAAGGUUAUAAUACAGAGUAGCUCCUAUGGUACACAAGUCAUUCAUGUCAUUGAGAUGGUACAGACAUUGAGGAGACUGGGCUGAUGUGUAUGUGGCUGCUCUAAUAGAUCAGUAACUCAGCUGAAACUCCACAUAGACUGACAUGGGGUUCAGCUAAGUUCAUAUCUCUACCAUGGCUGUGGUAGAAACCCAGACUUACAUUUUCAGCACUACAGGCUGCUAAAAGUUGCAUUAGAAAAGACUCUCUCAAUUUUUCAGUAUUAGUAAGUUUUUUUAUGCACAGCCGACAAAACGGUGGAACAGAGAUAUGUAAAUAUAUAUGUCUUUGUGCUUUAUCAACUCUCACAGUCUGUUAGGUAACACUAAUUUUUCAGCACAUUUAAUUCACAUGAAAAAACCUGGUGUAUAGGCUUGGAAAUAGCCAUUGCCUCUGGAAGUAAGGACACAGAACAAUGAUUCUGGUAAGUGAAGGCAGUAACUUACCAAGGGAUGACGACAAAUGAAACAUAUUGUAUAAUGGAUUAAAUUCUCAACACAUUGAGAUGAGGCUGAGCACUGUUUUUAAGCAAAUAGAGAAACAGUCAGUGUUCCACAUGGAAACAAAUCUGGCUGACUUUGCAAUUCCUGCUGCUGUCAGCUGCAAAGCUCUGCAAUGCUAAAACUGCAUGCUGUGAUGGUAUGAGACAGCUGGAUUACUGGAGUUGUUCCAGAUCAUCACUUUUGCUUCAGCAGCUCCUUGGUAAUUUUAUUGCAAAAUAUGGGAUUCAAAAGGCCAGAACAGUCAUGAAAACACAUUUGUAGAAACCAUGUCUUUUCAAAAUGGGUAUACAUCCAAAUAAAUAAGCACAUGCAUAGAGGCUUUCAGUUUCCAGUUACAAUAAAACUAAAUGUCAGAUACCUGUCCCACUCAUUGGCAUCAUCAACAGAAAGGAAACUGAAAUUCCAACUAAACAGUGAAAGCUCACUGAAAAUACAUAAGUGGAAUCCAGGUCAGGAUGAAGCCAAGCUACAUGUAAAUAGGUAGUAUUGUCAAUUGUUCUGCUAAAGUCAGGGUCAUGAUUUUUCACAUCUGUGGUAUUUUUAGUCUUUGUGCACAAAACCUACAAACCAUAAACUUAUUUCAGCCUCUGGACCCAGAGACAUUCUACAGUGAUUACUGAGAUACCAAGAAUUAGAUACGCCCAAGAAGCCCGUAAUAAGGAAUGGACAGAAAAAAAAGCAGCAAGUGUAAAAAGGAGAUCAACCAGGUCAGUGCUAAGAAAUAUGGAAGCAUAUUCCAUCCUGAACUGUUAAACUAACCUUAGCAGAAGACUGGAAUAAGUGACCACCUGCAGUAAUUUUCAACUUGGAUUAUGCUAUGGUAAACAGUCAUUACUCAUUGUAGUCUAUGGGUUUGCAUGAAGUCAAAGCUACCCAAUGUAUAGUUAUGCAGACAGCUAGAAAUCUCUUAGCUGGAUUAGUCAAAUUGGUAAAUAGUUACAUGAGGAAAAAAUUCUUCCCAUGCUCCGAUCUGACAGACAAUGUGGAUGUUGGACAGAGUAUUUUAAGACAAGAGCAAAACCUAUAAGGUAGUAAGAGUUAUCAAUGAGUAGGAGUCAAUGAGUCAUCAGCUGACAGAAAUGGGAUUUAAUCCCUUGCCAUGAGCUGGGUGCAUAGAAACCAGCAGCAAAACUUCAAGUCUGAACUGGAAUUAUUGUGUGCAGAAUGUUAAGGCAGAAGCUGUUUUGAUGCAGCCAUCUUUGUAAUUCUGGGCAGAGCCUGUAUAUCUCAGAAAGAGAGUUGACAUGUGAUUACCUUUUGUAUCUUCCUCAAUUAUAUGGCAAGAUUUUUUGCUUUCAAAUGGACUUCUGCAUGUUUUUUUUUGUUACUUGUCACAGCAUGAUGAGAAGAUGUUUCCCUUGAUUUGUAUGCAAUGUCAUUUCUAGACUGAACAUCGAGUCUAUUAAAAACACAGAACAAGGGGACUGUAAUUUUUCAUGCAGUUUGAAAUUUGCUGCUGUAACUGAAAUCAGAGCUGAUACAAUCAUGGGAUGCUGAGUAGUACAAAAUGGAGCAACUCCUCCUCAUCAGCUUGAUUUAUAAAAAAACCAUGUUGUAUUACUCGAGGGACUAAAUACUGCUUAAACUUUGUAGUGUUUUUGUAUUUAGGAUCAAUUUAAUCCAAUUAGCUUUGAGUAAUUCUGCCUGUUUCCUGCACUUGCUAUAAUUCCAACAUGGAACUAAGAUAUGUUUAAAGCUAUCAUAAAAAUACUCUGCUAAGCAUGAACAUAGAUUAUCUGAUUUAUGAUCUUAAGUAUAUAAUUUUUCAAGCAUCAGUGUCUUGAAUGGAAACAAUUACCUUUAGAAUCUGUACUUCCUUGAACAUGUCUUUGUUGCUAAUUCUACGUGAAAACUGUUUGAUAGAGCAUUUAGCUUGUCAGAGCCCUGCCACUAGAGCUUUGCAUUUACAUUGUGCAUCAGGUCCCAGUUCUUUCUGCAAAGGAUUGAAAUAUCAGUGUGCCCGGCUCUUUAACUGUGAUGUGUGUGGCCAUUUGUAUCCAUGAUCACAAGUAAAUAUGUAAACCAAGCAGAUCCAACUCUACAGUAACCCAGACAGGCACAAAUGGAUGUAUCUCCCUCCAGUGAUUAUGGGAAGUGUCAAGUUUGGAGUCAAGUACUGUUUAUUACUAACAGACCUUUCACUGGAUAAACUAAAGGAUUUAAACACUAAAAGCCACCAAACUGCACCCAUACAUCUAACUGCAAAAAUAAAAAUCCUCAAAACUCCCAACCAGCUGCUGCCUAUCCAUCUACUUACAUACCAUCCUGAGGUACAUGAUUUUCAACCUUUACAAUUACCUAGGUAACUAAAUAAACAUUAGAGUAAAUCCAGAAAAAAGUGUCUGCGUUCCAAAGAAUUAAAUAUCUAUGCCACGUGCAAGUUCUACCUUUAUUUACACAUUAGGCAUCCUGCUGGCACAAACAGCCAUAGCAGGAAAGGUGCAUUUAUCAUUCUUCAUUCUCUGUGGACAUAAAGGUUUAUGCACAGUAGAGGAUAUUGUCACUAGUUUUUAAGAGCAGCUCUAGUAACUAUUCCCUGUUCCCUUUGAAGCUAAAGGCAUGAGGCUGGAUGCAGCCUGCAUGGUUGAAUUCUUGUCAUUUUGUCACUUUGAGGCUUGAAUACAACCAAGAGGGAAGGUGUGUCUCCUUGGUCCCUGUACAGGGUAACAGAACAGGUAUAGCUUACAUACAUCUUAUCCAUUUGUAAAUAACAAGGUUCAUAUCUAAGAAGGCUCAAGCAUUUGUGUUGACUGUAUACAGUGAUGCUUUUGAGUAUGCUCUUUACAAAGUUCUGCUACUGAGUUACAAAAGCAGUUUUGGGGAAAUAUGCAGGAGUUGCAUAAAUCACGAGUUCAUACAGUUCUAGGACCUUAUCUGGCUUUUUUUUUUUUAAAUAGCUUUUUAUAAUCCUGCCUGUUGUGACAUAUUGCAAGAAGACAGUAAGGUUUUCAGAGCAAGAAAACAACUUACUGCUGUGAUAUAAGUGGCAUGGUAUGAAGAGCCUAAUAAAAAUAAUAUUGCUUGUGUUA